AUGGCCAACAUCUCCAAGGUGUUUAAGAAGACCAGUUCCAAUGGGAAGAUCUCCAUCUACCUGGGGAAACGGGACUUCGUGGACCAUGUGGACAUGGUGGAACCCAUUGAUGGUGUAGUCCUUGUUGACCCUGAUUACUUAAAAGGUCGCAAGUUGUUUGUCAUGUUGACAUGUGCCUUUCACUAUGGCCGUGAGGACUUGGAUGCAAUUGGUCUGACAUUCCACAAAGAUCUGUAUGUCCAGGUCCAGCAAGUGGCUCCAGCUGAACCCACCAGCCCCCAGGGACCCCUCACACUCCUGCAGGAGCGACUACUGCACAAGCUGGGGGAUAAUGCCUACCCCUUUACUCUGCAGAUGGUUGCCAACCUGCCUUGUUCAGUGACCCUGCAGCCAGGUCCUGAAGAUGCAGGAAAGGCCUGUGGUGUUGACUUUGAAGUGAAGAGCUUCUGUGCUGAAAACCUGGAGGAGAAAAUCCCCAAGGGCAACUCGGUGCGACUGGUUGUCCGGAAAGUACAGUUUGCACCCCUGGAGCCAGGCCCUGGCCCCAGGGCCCAGACCACCCGCCGUUUCCUUCUGUCAGCUCAGCCUCUACAACUCCAGGCGUGGAUGGACAAGGAGGUUCACUACCAUGGCGAACCCAUCCCUGUCAAUGUCUCUAUCAACAAUUGCACCAACAAGGUCAUCAAGAAAAUCAGGAUUUCAGUUGACCAGAUCACGGACGUUGUCCUGUAUUCACUAGACAAGUACACCAAGACUGUAUUCCUUCAAGAGUUCACGGAGACUAUAGCUGCUAACUCCAGCUUUUCCCAGAGUUUUGCAGUCACCCCGCUACUGGCUACCAACUGCCACAAACAGGGCCUGGCACUGGAUGGCAAACUGAAGCAUGAAGAUACCAAUCUGGCCUCUAGCACAAUUCUUCGACCUGGAAUGGACAAGGAGCUGCUGGGGAUCCUGGUGUCCUACAAAGUCAGAGUCAACUUGAUGGUGUCCUGUGGAGGCAUCCUAGGAGACCUGACAGCCAGUGAUGUUGGUGUGGAGCUGCCCUUGAUCCUGAGCCAUCCAAAGCCAUCUCAUGAGGCUGCUAGCUCUGAAGACAUCGUCAUCGAGGAGUUUGCACAACAGGAACAAGGUGAGAAGGAGAGCCAGAAGGUGGAGGAAGACCAAGGGAACUGA